GCCAAGUAUAAAUACUGCUCGAUGGAGAGCAUCAUGUCUCACUGCCCACUUAGCUGCGCACUACAGCGUGAAACAUCUUUGGAGAACUCUUGCUUGUCUUUACUGCAGCAGCCCUGUCGUCUCUCCUACGCUCAGUGAUUAACACAGCUCGCUCUCGUCUCUAUUCACUGGCUACUAGUACAAACAGCAAUUCCUUACUAGAACAAGCGAGUAAGAUGGCAGCUGCAACGGGAGUUAAGAUCGUCCCUCGUCGGAGCACGGAACGUGGACAUGCGGACCACGAUUGGCUCAAGACUUUUCAUACGUUCUCCUUUGCCAUGUACCAAGACCCCGAGCACAUGCAAUUCGGUAGUCUUCGUGUCAUCAACGAGGACCGCGUCAAACCUCGUACGGGUUUCGGUACCCACUCGCAUCGCGAGUUUGAGAUAUUCUCCUACGUAGUUUCAGGAGAGCUUGAGCACAAAGACUCAAUGAACAACACCGAGAUCCUCAAACGCGGAGACCUCCAACUAACCUCAGCCGGCUCACCAGGGAUCUCCCACUCCGAAAAAUGUCACGGCUCCCUCCCCGUCCACUUCUUACAAAUUUGGACUCUACCUUGGAAAGCUGGCUUACCAGCUAAGUACUUCACUCGACACUUUACAGACGAGGAGAAGAAGGAUACGUGGUGUAGGGUUGUUGCACCUGUAGGUGCGGAGGGUGUUUUGAGUGAGGUGAGAGAUGGGGAUGGAGAUGGGAAGGGACCUGCGCCGGUGCAGAGUCCUGUUACGCUUUUUGCGAGUCUUUUGAGUCCGGGUACGAAGUUGCCUUCAGCGUUCCCCGAGAAGGUUUAUUCGACGAACAAGGAUGCGGAGACCUCCUUGCGGAAGAAGUAUAUCCAUGUCGUCCAAACGAGCGGGUACAACCCUAACGACUCAGCAGGCGCUAGCGUGCGCGUCGCUAGCGGCGAGAAAGAUAAGGGUGCGGUAGAGGAGGUAUUCUUGCGUGAGGGAGAUGGAGCGUAUAUCUUUGGAGAGAAGGGGAAGGUGCUUGAGGUUGAGAAUGUUGGAGAUAGAGUUGCGGAGGUCUUGUUGUUUGAUGUCGAGUAGAUAAAGUAAAGUGGCUUUGUACUUGUACUCUUUUCUCUUGCAUUACUUGUU